AUGUUCUCGUCUGUAGUGCUAUUUGCAUUUGGUUUCAUUGUGGCUGUCAAUGGAUUUUAUAGUUCAAGUGAUGAUGUUAUUCAACUUGAUCCAUCGAAUUUUGAUCGUCUUGUUACACAAAGUUCCGAUGUAUGGAUAAUUGAAUUCUAUGCAUCAUGGUGUGGUCAUUGUAAAAAUUUGGUACCCGAAUGGAAACGUGCUGCAACAGCAUUAAAAGGUAUUGUUAAAAUUGGUGCUGUUGAUGCUGAUACACAUAAAUCCCUUGGAUCACAAUACGGUGUAUCUGGUUUUCCAACAAUUAAAGUAUUUGGAGCAAAUAAAGGAUCACCAACUAAUUAUCAAGGUGGACGAACAGCAGAUGCUAUUGUUGGAGAAGCUCUUAAUCAAUUGAAAACUAUUGCUAAUGAACGCUUAGGUAAACGAGGAGGAAGCGGAGGAAGCAGUGGUGGAAGUGGUGGUAGUGGUGGCAAUGAUGCAAUUGAAAUAACAGAUAGUAACUUUCAAUCUACUGUUCUCGAUUCAGAAGAACCAUGGCUUGUUGAAUUUAUGGCUCCAUGGUGUGGUCAUUGCAAAAAUUUAGUACCUGAAUGGGCUCGUGCUGCAACAGAAUUAAAAGGCAAAUUUAAAUUAGGUGUUGUAGAUGCAACUGUUCAUACACAAAUAGCUCAACGAUAUGGUAUACAAGGUUUUCCAACAAUCAAAUUCUUCCUAGCUGGCAAAAAAGAUGGUCAAGCUGAAGAAUAUAAUGGAGGACGUAGUUCAAGUGAUAUUGUCGCAUGGUGUUUAGAUAAACAUCAGGCAAAUAUUCCUCCACCUGAAGUAGUUGAAAUUACUAGUCAAGCUGUUUUAGAAAGCAACUGUGCUGAAAAACAAUUAUGUAUAGUAUCAUUUUUGCCACAUAUACUCGAUUGUCAAUCAGCUUGUCGUAAUAAACAUAUAGCUAUGUUAAAAAAAUUUGGUGAAAGUUAUAAACGUAAUGGUUGGGGUUGGUUAUGGGUUGAAGGAUUUCGUCAAUUAAAUCUUGAAGAAAGUGUUGGUGUUGGUGGUUUUGGUUAUCCAGCACAAGUUGCAAUUAAUACACGUAAAGGAAAAUAUGUCGUAUUAAAAGGUUCAUUUAGUGAAACUGGUAUUAGCGCAUUCUUAAGAGAAUUAUCAACAGGUCGUUUAACAAGUCCACUUGUACCAUUAAGUAAUGUUGCCGAUGGAAAAUUACCAACAAUUGUUGAUAGUGAACCUUGGGAUGGUAAAGAUGGCAAAAUAGAUGUCGUUGAAGAUAUUGAUCUUAGUGAUGUCAAUAUGGAUGAUGACGAUGAUGUUGACGUUAAGAAGGAAAAAGUUGACUUAUAA